CGCUGAGACGUCAUCAGGCGGCGUCGGCGGGUCCUGCGGCGCGGUGGAGGUGCUGGUGCGGGUACGCGUGGCGACCGCCCUCUCCGCACCGGUGGUUGGAUCUCCACGUCUUUGGGAACAUGGAUUCACAGAAGGAUGUUCAGCCUCCAAAGCAGCAGCCAAUGAUUUACAUCUGCGGAGAAUGUCAUACAGAAAAUGAAAUAAAAGCAAGAGAUCCUAUCAGAUGCCGAGAAUGUGGCUACAGAAUAAUGUACAAGAAAAGGACAAAAAGAUUGGUGGUUUUUGAUGCCCGGUGAUAUGAGCUGAAGAUAUGGUGACUUCUUAUUGCAGUUCUAUAUAACAGUAUUUCGCUUAACUUUGCUCUGUAAAUCUUUUUGUGUACAAAUACGUAUUUUGUGUUUUAGGAUUUUGAAAUAUUAAACUUUAAUGUGGUACUAAAUUUUGCCCAUUAUACUUUUCAGUAAUACAUUUCUAAAGUUUUGUCUUAAACUGUAGUCAGAGUGUAUAGCAAUGGUAUUUUAAAUUCAGUGGUAUUGUAUUAGCUUUUUAAGUCACACUUAACCUUGUUUUCAUGACUCUCAUGUAAACGUUGUUUUUUAACUGUGUUAAACAUUCUUUGGAUUUAAACGAAUCACAUAAAAUAACCUUGGAUUGUGUAAAUUCCACUGAAAAUAAAGGAAAGGUUAAACAAAGUUAGAUCUGAAACAAGUAUCUAGAUUUCAGAAGAGGAAGACUCAGAAGAUUUUAGAGCCAGUGGUUCCAGCACCCAUUUGUGGAAGAAGUUUUAAAGAAUCAUCAUCAUCAUCCCAAACAAGGGGUGAAGAAGCAAAGAAAAAUUAAGAAACGGUGUGUGAGCAGAAAUUGCUGAACUGUUUUGUGACUUGCUUCUUAAGGAAAGAAGUAGGACUGUAAUAUAAAGGUAAUUCAGGUGUGGUCCCAAACUAAAGUAACAUCAUGCUUUGCUUUUCAGGUAAAUUCUCAGGAGCCUUAUUUAUACAAGGAUCUUUCUACUGAAAAUCCAUAUGGCCUUUGUAAUAAAAAGUUUAAGAUGGUUGUUUUA